UGCCUCUGCGUUUGCCCCACUGAGCAAAGUCAGGAACAGGAACAAAUAAUGUUUCAAAAUCCUCUAUUCUCCAGAAUAUUGAUAAAUGUUUAAUUCCAAAUUAAACAGUUCUAUAUUAUUUUUAUAGGAAUUUCACUAAAAGUAUUGAUAUUCUGGAUAAAUAGAAGUUUAAGUUUAUACGAUGGUUGCUAACUCAAAAGUUGUUUAGGAACAAGAAAAAAAUCACUGUUCUAGAAAUCGUUGUGGAAAAUAAACCAGAAUAAUGGUUUCUACAAGACAAAUGACAACUGGUGGAGAUGAGUCCACCAGUUUUGGUCCAGCAAGAUACACAAGAUCUGGAAGUGGAAGUGGAGAUGAGUCUUCUGGUCCAAGCACCAGCAGAUACACCAGAAAUAGCAGUACCGCAGCGGUAGCAAGUUCUAGCGGGAGUCAGAGUAGGCCAGUAACUCACUCUCGUAACUUGUUAGAUCUACCACAAGAGAUAUUGGAGAAGAUUUUGAAGCAUCUGAGCUUCAAAAAUAUUUGUCAAGUUAGAUUGGUAUGCCGGAGAUUCGAUGCCGUCUGUGCCCACAUCCUGAACUCUACCUUCCUGCGGUUACAAAAUCAAACGUUGCAGCGAUUUCAGGAGAUCAAGAGCAAAAUGCCAAGAAGAGAGUCUGCACGCAGGACUCAUCACUUGGCAUGCGAAAGCGACAUUAUCGAGACGCUUCACAUGCGCCUCACGCUGAUGCAGAUGUCGUUUGGCAAGCACAUUGAGAGAAAGCACUGCUGCUUUUUUCCGGGGGAGAUCCUGGAUGAAGUUUACCACAUCCUUCACUACAUCAAGGUCACUCCCAAGCUGCACAGGCCUUAUAAAGUGACAGACGAGUUGUUUGACUUAUCCACCAUGGCCAUGGAGUAUUUCAAAGAGAAGAUAGAACCGGAUUUGCCAGAGAUUGCUUAUUUUGGCUCGGAGUUCUUCAACUUUUCCAGUAGUUUUCCAGCUUCUAGUCCGCACCCGCUGGACGCUUCACCGAUGGGACCAGAGCAGUCCAAGGAUAUCAGCCAUAGUUCCCAUGAUGAACUAGAUGUGGAGAGUGAAGUUAAGCCUCAAGCCAACAUGGUGUUGAGAAAGAGAAUCAGGAUAAUUAAGCAAGGCAUGAAGAGAUAUAACAGCCAGUUGUCUCUUCUUCGCCAGGAUCUUAAAGCCUGUAAGAGGAAAACCGCAGAGCAAGAGAAACAGAUUAAUGACCAACAAAAGCAACUGGCCGAACAGCAACAACAGACAUUGGAAUAUGCAGCCCGACUGGAUGAAUAUGACAAGAAAAACGAGGAGGUCUCAAGGAAAUUCAGCACCUUGCUACAAGAGCUGAACAAGUGCAAGACGGAGUUGCAGUACUGGCGUUCUAAGUCUCCUGCAAUACCUCCGUUUUGUACCGGUUGCGGUAAUCCCAUCACUUACCACCAGGAAGAAUUGAAAGCCUUGGUAAACCAAGGGGUUGAUCCACAGGGUCUAGGUUUAGAGCCCUUAUCCGAUAUGGCUGCCAUGAAAGUGGAGGAAUCAUUUGAAUGCAAAUCCGAGAUAGAACCGGAAUUGGAAGAGAUUCUAAAACCAGUGAAAACGAAGACAACAACAGACACCCCUCCACAAUCAGACCAAACUUCGUCUACUGGCAAUUUAGACAGUGCGCUCAGCUCCGGACCCAAAAGGAUGAAAAGGAAACUUAAUGAUUCUGAUGGAUCCAACAACGCCCAAAGCGGUGUGAAGGGCAAGAAGACCAUGAGAAGACGUUCGAAAGUACGUGGAAAAAGAUUGUACAAUUUGUAAGAUUUUCAUUGUAAGAAUGGAAAGUUUGUUGGAGAAUGCUGAAAAUGUACUUCUCUUAAGAUCGCUGAGAUUUUUCAGAUUGAUGUACUUAACAGCUUCGAAGUAUGAUUGAGCCUAUGUUGAAAAUUGGAGGCAAACUCGAUUGGUUUUAUCUGCUGAAUAAUUUUGAUUCGUUAAUUUAUUAUUAUCUUCGAUCUCAUUUGAUUUAAAAAUUUCCACGCGUUGAAAUUCUCGUUCUUUCACAAAGAACUAAGAAAUCAUAGGAUUACAAACUAAUAUCAAUUUUAAUUUAUUGAAAAAAAAGCGCCUACUUAAUCAUAGAAAUUAUGAUAUUAAUAUAAUUUAUCUAUUGGCAAAUUAAUUCUCAAUUGCUUCAAUAUGGAAAUUGUGUUCAGCUCUCUUUCGCGAGUUUUAGAAAAUGAUGAAAAACUCAUUUUGAUAGUCACAUUUCAUUUUUGACUCUUUCAAAUAUUUUUUCUUUUAGUAGUUUUUUAAGGGAAGGAAGAGGGUAUCUUGAUGGAAGAAAAAUUGUUUACUGGUAUCAAAAAUAUAAGUUCUAGUGGUAAAAAAACUACUUACCAUGAUAUGCACCGUUUCAUUGAACAAACCAUCUUUAUUCAUAGGGAUCCUAUGGAAUAAACAUGAUGCAAGAAUGUAUAGCUGUUUAAAUCGUUUCAUUAAAUAAAGAUUAAAUUCUUAAAUCCCAUUCAAGCAUAAAUCUAUGAAAUAAAGAUUCUUCAAGAAUUUAAUCUUUAUUUAAUGAAAUGCAUACAGCCAUUUAUCUUUGUUUAAUGAAACGGUGAAUACGUCGAGUAUUAACAAUAGAGUUACAGAUUUUAACAUCUUUCAACAAGAAUAAAUGAGCAAAAAUAUCAUACAGAAAUUUUUCGAAAAAUUUGAGAAGAUGACUUGUCGCAACUUUUCUGUCAUAGUGACAUUUUACAAAACUCUUCCCAAUUCGCCUAUGCCAGUUGCUUCAAUAUAUGCACUGCAACGCAAUAAUUCAAUUUGAAUCGUCUCCAGAUAUACGAUAAUCAGAGUGAAUGGUGGUAUGAAAAUACUAGGCAAAUUGCUUAAAAUCCCGAUCAAAAUUUCUUUCAUUUAUGGGAGAUUAUUAAAAAUCAGAUAUUUCCAUUCUUAUUUCAAAAAUCCAAACUAUCGUUAUUUUAUAGUAUAGGUUAACGAUUUUCUGUUUGUUUGAGAUUCAUUUUCAUGAACAUAGGGUAAUUUAACAACAACAAACGUAUUGAUAUAUUUAAAAACAAUUUCCUUUAAUUCGGAGGAUUUGCAGAGUGCGUUUCCUGAGGCAUUGUUAUAUUUGCUUUCUGAAUGAAUGAAUCGUGUCUGAUUCAUAAUCGAACUGUAUAUUUUUCAAUUCAUUGACUAAUAUUUAGUUGAGUCUGUAAAGGAGUACUGUAAUAUAAAUUUUAUUGGAAGAUAAAUGAACGAAUUUAUUAAAUUUAUCAUUGUCAGGACUGGUGUGUUAUAAUGAAUAAUUUUGAGAAAAAUUGAAAGUAAUAUGUAACAUAAUUAUUGAAAUUGCUAAUAUUAUAAAUUAAUUUCAGUUUUGUGUUAGGUUCUCAAGUGUUUAAGAUACUAGAAAGGACUGUUACAGUAAAUUUAUUUAAAGAAAAACUACACUGAAACUUCAUUUGCAUUGGAUGUUUGCAAUAUUUAUUUCUGUUUGGCAGAGUUGCUUAUAAUUAUGUGCAAUUUAAUUUUUCUGAUCGAGUGACAAAUAAUUGAGAACCAAUUCACCUAUUGUAUAUAGUUUUGCAAUAUUUUAGUAAUUUAUUUUUGCUGCACUUGAGCAGUUAUUCUUAGUUCUAUUGAAAUUAAAAAAGGCGUUUUUUUUUAUGUGGAGGUUUCUGCCGACAUAUUUUCUCAACUCAAGAUCACAAAAGAUAUAUCAAAUAUGACUAUAUCAUUACUGUAGUAGUUAGCUUAAUAAGUUUUGUUGCAUAGCAAAUAUUGUUUGACUACAAUUUCAUAGCAGAUAGACCUAAUGAAUUUUUGUAUCAAUGGUUUUUAUGAAAUUUUGUUCAAUUUAUUAUAAGAGUGAUCUCUUAUAUUUUCAGUUGGACUAGAUGUGAACACGAAUUAGAUGAUAAAAAUUUGAAAAAUUUAUGAAAAAAAUCUAUUUUCUAAAUUAAUAUGUGUAUUAUUGAAUGUAUCUGACUUAGGUACAAUAAAUAAUUUGUGUGAA